CUGGUGGUAACGGUAUUCCCGGUAUCUACUCCGAAGUCGUUGACAUUGCUAAGAAGACCAAGGACGCUCAAAACAAGUUGAAGUUGCAGUGGGUUGUCAGAGAGUGGAGAUCUUUGUACUGGUUUUACGAAGAGUUGCUCAACUUGAGAGACACCAAAAUCGAGACAACUGUAUACAUCACACAGCCAUCAUGUCAUGUAUUUAUCGAUGAGUUCAACAGCAGGUUCCAAGGAUUAGAGAGAUUGGAAGAAGAUUCUGAAAACUUGAGUCAAGAAAAGGAUUACUCAAUCAACGAGGAGGUUCGGGUUGAAGAAAACUCUAGUGACGAGAAACAUGACUCUAUUAAAGAAGUUGCUAAAGUGGAACAAGACUCAUAUGAUGAGAAAGGAGAAUCGACACAUAGAAUCGUUGACAUUAUCAAGAAGGAGCUUUCGCAUGUCACGUUCAAAGAAGGUAGACCUUCGAUUAAGGAUAUCAUUCCCCAAGAGAUACACGAGUCUAGUGGGUCUGUUGCAUUUGUCACCUGUGGACAUUCAGCCAUGGUUGACGAGAUCCGCCAUUGUUGUGCCAAGAAUGUCACCAACCCAGACAAAAAGAGAGUUGACUUUUACGAGCAAGUCCAAGUCUGGGCUUAA